GUUGCGUCUGGUUAGGCGCAUGCUCACCUUGGUGUCAUUUGCCGCGUCUUCUUCAGUGUCCCUGCUGAGUGCAGUGAUCCUCAGUACGUCUUGGCUGUUUUUACUCGGACUGCGGCUUCACUCUCUGGCGCUCAAAGAAAUCACUGGCAGCAUUCACGUCGCGGUCUGCUUCCUCUUCCCGUACUGCUUUCAGUAAGUGCGAACUUUGAGCAAGUCGACGCGUGGACAAGUUGGUGUGAAGCUCUCGUCCUUGGUUGUUCUGAUGAUUGGGGAAACUCGAGCACUCAGAUGCGAAUUUGAAGUACGUCCCACAACGUGCGUCGUGUCCCUUUCCUGCGACACGUGGACUGUGCUGCUUCCCUCACAGAUACUUGGUAUCGGCAAUCGACGAGUGGGCGCCUCACUGGCUCCCGGCCUGCCUGUGGUACAGCUUCCUGAUGCAGAUGUUCUGCACUUCCAAUCAUCAGUACAAGGUGGGGCCAGAAUUGGCGUGGUUCAGCAGCUUGUCGUUUACGCCAUUUUGUCGUGCGCGCGAGGAUGCACCCAAACUCGCGAAGACGCUGACGGGUGUGCCGCCCUCGCCUUUGUUGUUGCCCCAUGUUCCCAUCCACCCAGCAUUCGAUGUCUUCCCACCUUGUCCCAGCUCUUCGUGCCCUACUGCCGGUGGCGUUCCUACGUGAGGUAUGCACUUCCCGUGAAUGACAGAAGAACCCACACCCAGUGAUACCAUUUGAGUUUCAAGCUUUUUCACCGGAUGAGGUUCUAUCUGUGAGGUUGUGGACCUUAUGUUGCCCGACCCAUUCAGUACAGGUCGCCAAGGCCAUCGACGGGUGUUUGACAAUCAGGAGGUUGAUGGCCAGGGAGGUGAUAACCACGGGGUUGAAAUCACUUCCUGGAAAUAUUGCUGCCGCACG